AUGGCGAUUAACAUGGGGCUCACGCUGUGUCAUCUAUUAUUUUUUAUAUCAGCAGUUUACUGGGCCCUAUCACAGGAACAAGAUAUGAGUUCGGAAAACAUAAAUGAAAUUUUGGAUAGGUUAAUACAACAAACCAGACCAAAUGAAAGUGGUAUUGUACCAGACAUAGUGGAUACUGUCAAUCCUAGCGUUGAAACACCGCCAGUUCAAGGUUCUCAACAGUCAAACAUUAGUAGUAUUGAAGUCGAUGAAGUAACAGAACUAACCACAGGAGAAGAAUCUUCGCCACGAACAACUAAAGUAAUAACAAAAUCGUUUAUUGAAAUUGAACAUCAGAAACAAACUAUACCGAGACAACUAUAUGGAGGUAACACAGUACUCAAAUCUGAAAACGUGGACAAGAAUACCACCUCCAUAGAACAUUCAAUAAAAAAAGAAUUUAUAUCAGAUUCAAACACAGUCAACAACAAUAAGAAUAGUCAACAAAAUUAUAAUUUGAACUUAUUACAUCAAUACCCUGAGAUCAUAAUUGACCAUGUGACCUACGACAACGAUGAACAAACUAAUGAUAGCAAACCAGUCACCCCUACAGUUAAUGCCCAGCGUGUACAAGAAAUCCUUUCAAAACCUUCUUUAAGAAUGCGACAUGGCAACUCAGACGAAAAUAUUGAAACAGCAAAUCGUGGUCAUUUGGAACAUUCUGGUACAAAUAAUUAUUUAACACCCGAAAUUAAAGACUUAAUCGAUACCAUUAUACAAAAAAAAGUAACACAUGAUACACUCCUCAGACAAGGCACGGAAAGCGAGACUCGCAAACAAAGUAAACUUCUAGAAAAAAUACUACAAAAGCUACCUGAGAUGAAAUUAGUGGGCAAUAAUGGUAAAGACAACUACUUACGUCAAAGAGAACAUGUUCACCCUCCAGAAAUUGAUACAUUGCCACGUUUUGGUAACCCAGCCGAUAGUUUAGUACUUAGAAAUGUAGGUAAUCAUUUUAUAAAACCAUAUUUACAUGCACCGCAUGUCAUUAAUAAAUGGGAAAUACACAGCCGCUUAUUGAAGACAUUAUUGCGAACGUGUAGACCUAAUGGCCUUAACCAUGUUCGGCUGAUAGCUGAACUGAUUGACAGGAUUAUAUCCAACAUCGAUUACAGAUCUGCAUGCUAUGAUUUAUUUAAGUAA